AUGCUAGCUUUCGGUAUAACCAUUGGAGAAUCUAGUAAUAUUUCAUCGAAAAAUAUAAAUGAUAUGCAGAUGUUGUUAUCAAGCUUCGUUGAUAAUUUUCCUUAUCCAGAACGAUAUGUUGUCCAAAAUAUCCAUUGUGUUAAGCACUUUGUAACAACAGUAGAAGAUUUUGGUCCCCUAUUCAAUUAUAGUACUUUCAAUUAUGAAAGCACCAUUGGAUAUUUAUCAGCAUCAGUUCAUGGUACAAAACGACUUGCUACUGAACUUAUGUUAAACCUUCAAUUAUUUAAACAAAGUUAUUUUGCAUCAAAACAUCAUUGUUCAACGUCUCUGGUUUCACCAUUUAUACAAUACUUAUGUGAUGGAAAAAAAUACCGUCCUCGUGAAAAACUAUCUGAUGAAAAAAUUACAAAAGAUGAUUUUGAUUUAUUGUUUCAAGCGGUUCCAAAGAACUGCUUGAUAAAAUCCAUGAAAUUCGAUUCAUUAAUUCAAAAUUUUACACUUCUUUAG